AACAAUACAGUCACCUGUGACUGUUGAUUCAGGAUAAGUGAACAAAUUGUGUAUGGCUGGAACAACCUGUAAUUCCUUGUUUGGAUAGACAGAGGUUUUUGCUUCAGGAUAUUGGUCCCAGAUUUUUGAUUGUCUAAACAAACGUGUUAAUAGUGAGAGGCAAGCAAGCUGAUGAAGCCAUGUAGUAAAAGAAUAAGAAGGCCCCAUGGCAGUUGUGGGUGUGUUAAUGGGGUGUGUGUGCAAGAUGUGAGAGUUCAUAGGAGGUAACCAAAGUAAUAAGAAUGGCAGUGAGGAGGCAGAAGUGGAGCUGGAAAUGCAGACUGUUUCAGCUGCAGCAGACUUGAGUCAAAUCAAGAAAAAACGGGAUGACUAUCGCACAGCCCCCUUUGACCCACGUUUUCCAAACACCAACCAGACUCGCAACUGCUACCAGAAUUAUCUGGAUUAUCACCGGUGCAUGAAAAGCUUGGCAGCCAAAGGCAAGGAUGUCGAAAUGUGUGAAUGGUACCAUAGGGUCUACAAAUCCCUGUGUCCAGUUGCUUGGAUAAAACGCUGGGAUGAGGAACGUGAAGCAGGAACCUUUGCUGGCAAGAUAUGAGCAUCUCCUUCACUGCUGCUUUAUGGAGACACAGUGGGCAAUGCUCACAACUGGUGUUCCAGCCCAACCCCAAAUCAGUUAUUCAAGUUGCUGAAUCCCUCAGCAGGUGUCACUUUAAAUUAUUCAGUUAUUUUUGCAGGUUCUUAAAAAAAAAGUGGAGGUAAAACACAAAUCCCAAUAAAUGUAUUCCUGAAAUAGAAA